AUCUCCAUUAAAGUUGGAAGUAAUGGCAAACCAGUAUGGAGUCAAUACAAGCAGUAAUGUAUAUACCGGGCUUCAAAAUGCUUGUUAUAACGACUUGGAUCAUCAAAUGAGUGUAAUGGGCGAUGAGAUUUUUGAGCUUCCUUCCUUUUCUCCUUACACAAGUACUGAAACCCAUUGCUACUCCACUUCCUCUGAACAAUACAAUAUGCAGGAUUUUUGUCAAUUAGAUGACCAGCUUUCUAGCAAUUCCCCCUUUCUAAUUGUGCCCGCACCUCCUACCCAUAAUUCGUCCUCACACAGUGCCUUUAGAGAAUACAUAAAAGCUAAUCCAAAGGCUACCUUUGAUUUUUUCACUCCUGGUCAAAUUUUGCACAAGAGAUGUUUUAGGUAUUUGAGCCAAAUCGAGGAGAACAAAAAAAAUCCCUUGCCAAUGUCAAGUUUAAGGGAUUCUCGUGCUCGUGCUCCCAAUGAUAAUCAAUGUGAGAAAUCAAAUACUGAUUCUCACGGUAGCUCACACUUUCUGCGUAUGAUGGCAGAGAGGAACAGAAGACUCAGACUGAAACAACUUUUCACAAAUCUUUACUCUCUUGUACCAGCUGGAAGGUCUAAGCCUAACAGGUAUUCAAUACUGGCAAAUACUGAAAAAUAUUUGAGGGACUUAAAACUCCGUGUUGCUCAGCUAGAAAACCAGAUCAAGACUUUGGAAGGAAGUAGCGGGUUCGAUUCCCACCAGCAGCCAUUUAAUUCAAAGAACACAUUCCUUUACAAUAGCGAUGGAAUUAUUUUGGAGGAAUGUAAGGAUAUCCCCGGCCAAGUGAAGAUGAGAAUAAGUGUAGAGAAAGAUGUGGUUUCAUGCCCAGCAGCUCUGAUAAGGAGGGUACUGGAUCAUUUGAGAGCAGAACAAUUGGAGCUCGUUUCAAUUCACUCCCAUACAGAGGCAUCUCUGUUUCUUACUAAAAUUGUCGUCCAAUCAAAGGUGUAUAUUUUAAUCCAUCUCGUCAGCUUUGUCUUUAAAUUAUUCAAUUGCACUUGUCUAAGAACUCUGAUGACAUGCUAAUUUAAAAUGUUUGUUGGAAAUUAUGAGAAGGGCCACCAAUGGGAUACUCGCAAGUGGCAAUAUUUUGGUCAUGUGAUGAGACUCUGUGUUAUCAAAAUUUGUGAUGGAGAGGUUUAAUGGCAAGUUGACAGAAAUUCUACCAUGGCUAUUUAACCAACUGGUAGAAAUUCAGUCAGCAUAUUAUCCACUUCCCAUGCAAGACAAGGUGUUGAAAUAAAAAAUAUAAAGGCUAGAGGUUUCAGUUUGAACUUUCGUUCUUUCAUAUCAUGUAGCUAUACGAUUUUGUAGAUGAUAUAAAAUCUCUCAUCAAAAUAUAUAUUUCAA